GCACGGUUGAGGGGUGAAGAGUUCAAAGGUCGCGCUGCAUCAUUUUCACAACACUCCACCUGCAUCAUCUCUCAGGCCAGAAGAUCGCUCUAUUUUUACAAAUCAACCUUUUUUUUUUUUUUUUUUACUUUGCCACAACUUCAACUCAUGUGUCGUUUAGUUUCGACUCGGUGCCAACAGCUGUCAGAUCCGAAUAACCCAAAACAAGGUCGAUGUUUUGCUUACGAGAUGCUACGGGCUGCUACAUGCUAACAGGCUAGCUGCUACUGUUGCUGCAAUGUCGCAACCAAGAAGUGGUGUGUGGAGAUAGUUGGCUUUCUUCAUUUCUACCUCAAGUUUACACAGAGGAAGAUGGCUGUGUCGGUGAGGGGGCUGUACUUCAUCGUCACCCUAUUCUUAGGCAGUUUCUUUGGGAGCAUCUACAUGUUGGGUCCCUUCCUGCCCCUUAUGCUGCUGUCUCCGGCCUGGUACCGCUGGAUCACUGACCGUAUAGUGGCCACGUGGCUCACCCUUCCUGUUGCCCUGCUGGAGCUGGUGUUUGGGGUGAAAGUAGUGAUCACAGGAGAUGGCUUUGUUCCCGGUGAAAGGAGUGUGAUCAUCAUGAACCACCGCACACGUCUGGACUGGAUGUUCCUAUGGUGCUGCCUGCUCCGCUACAGCUACCUGCGUCUGGAGAAGAUCUGCCUCAAGGCCGGGCUCAAAGCAGUGCCCGGGUUUGGCUGGGCAAUGCAGGUGGCGUGCUUCGUGUUCAUCCAGCGGCGGUGGGACGAGGACAAGAUACAUUUGGAGAACAUGCUCCAGUACUUCUGUGACAUCAGAGAGCCCCUGCAGCUGCUGCUCUUCCCUGAAGGCACAGACCUGACUGAGAAGACCAAAGCCAAGAGUGAUGCUUUUGCUGAGCAGAACGGCCUGCCCAAGUUUGAGUACGUGCUGCACCCGAGGAUCACCGGCUUCACCCACAUCGUGGGCAUGCUCCGCAAAGGUGACAACUUGGACGCAGUGCACGACAUCACCGUAGCCUACCCCCAGAACAUCCCCCAAACGGAGCGCCACCUAGUGCUGGGCCUGUUCCCCCGAGAGAUAUACUUCCACGUGCAGCGCUACCCGGUCUCCUCCCUGCCCACCUCCACCGCCCAGCUGGAAGCCUGGUGCAAGGAACGUUGGACCGACAAAGAAGCCCGCCUACGGGACUUCUACACGGGACAACCUCGGGCAUUCGACAGGGAAGGGGUGGCUCUGGUGCCGCCCUGCAAAAGCGAACUACGGGUAGCUAUGAUCAAAGCCGCGUCGCUAAUCUACUGGACCGGGUAUAUCGCGUUUUGUUUCGUAGGUUUGUGGUUGUGGGCGCCGUUUCGUUGGUUUUCCGUGGUCAUGGUGGGCGUGUACGUGGUCCAGCAGAAGUUAGUCGGUGGCAUGGAGUUGCUGGAGAUGUCCUGCCAUAGAUAUUGGAAGUCUAAAAAGCUAGAUGAGAAGAUUAAGUAAACGUUUAAGUGCAUAUGACAGGUUAGACUACACAUUUCAAAACAAAGUUAGCUUCAUUAUAUUUAAGAUUUUACCAAAAAAUAUGCAUAGUUUCUGCUUUUUUUUUUUCUUUUUUUUUUCUUUUUUUUUAGGUAAAGUUCCGCAUUUUACUUCCUGGCUGGACAUGAGCAGCACAUGUGACAUACAAAGAGGUAAUUCAGUAACUUUUACCUAACAAAAAUAAUGUAAACAAGAUCCAAAAUUUGUCCAAGGCUGUUUCUGAAUGUCCGCCCUCGCCCCUAACCUGGGUGAAAACAGUCUAAAGGCUAAACUCAGAUAAAACAUGCUUUCUGCCAUAAAUAAUGAUCAGACUGGACUGGCACAAGUAUUUAUAGACUAAUAAUAAUCAUAAGUUUUUGUCAAGAUGGAUCUCAUGUAAACAGAAAUGGAAAUGUGUUUAUUUAAGAGUGUUUUACUCCUAAUCAGGGAUCAACAGUGAUAAACCAGCACUUCUAUCUGCUUCAUUCAGUCAUGUCGUGUCAAGUUAAAGACCUGUCGGUGUUCGCUGUUAUUUUUCCAACUCUUGCAAUGCAUUGUGGUCUAUAUUGACCAGUCUCGUGACCACCGACGCCCACUACUUUCCAAGGUGCAUUGUGAGAACUUUUGAGCGCACUACUUUUUCACCAACUGGCGAAACCUCUAAAUAGUGCCCUAAGUAGGCAAUAGUGAGGCCAUUCAGGCACAGCCUAAGUUACACAAUAUACUGAACUAGAUAAAUGUUGACACUUUGUUUAAACAUUAAUUUACCAAAUAUAAAAAUGACAGGAAAGUGUUUGUUUUGCGUGUAAAUUGUCCCUGCAUUUUGGAUAGAAUUUCCCUGUUGAUGACAUGGGUAGAGGUAUUUAAUUUUAAAACUCGGUGCUACUUCCUGUAUUUUUAGCUUGCCUGCAAACUGCCACUUAACUCAUGUAAAACUAUGAUCAAUAUUAACUAUCCCACAAAAUGAAGUCAUAAUUAGAAAAACAAGAAAACCUGUCAUAUGCACUUCAACAUGUUAGCACUAAUGCUAAGGUCCUGCCUGGCUAAUGGGCCUAGCAUGCUCUUACCCAAGUUUGGAUAUGCAUGAAGAAAAAAAUAAGGAACUGUGUCUGUUGCCAUAGGGUUAAAAAAAAAAAAUCAGUUUUGAGGGUUCUGUCUGAGUAAUCAGAAAUGUAAAAUUCCUCAUUUAAUUUCACACGUUUAUGCUGAAAGCCCACAACACAUCUAUCACAGCUCAUGUAUGUUAGAGGGGUGGAUCAGUUAACAACAGCAGUCUCAUUUUGGAUAGUAAGUUUAAAUUUGGAGGCUUAAUAAGGAAACUUGAACUAAACUAUUGUUAAGAAGUUGUUUUAUACAAGUGGAAAAUAUAUUUCAAACAUACAUUUAUGAUUUUAUUUUAUCAACUUAUGUCUCAAAUAUUUUUUUUUUAUUACUUAACAAAUAUAUUUUAGCCUUCAAGCCAAGACCUUUAUAUGAUCUGGACAGGCUGUAGGCAGUGCUGUUUUGUUUUAAAGUGGUUUAGUUAAUGCCCCGUUUGUGUUGUAGUUAAUCUGCCUUUUCCACUCCCUGAAAUGAAACUCAGUGGAACCAGGCAAUUUGAUUCUACAAUCCAAAGAUUUGUGUCUGCCCAUGCUGCUUAAAAGUCUUAAAAACAAGAAAGAAAAGCAGGAGAUGUGAGUGUGUGGUACGCCUCAGGACAUAAAUGUCUUCUGCAGACUGCACUCUUCUAUUUGAAUUGAAUGUAUUGUACAUAGCAUGUUCUUUUAAACCUGUGUCAAGAUGCCAUGUUUUUUCAUUUUAUAUUUCUACAUUUAUCUUGAAACAUUUAAUGAGAAUUGUUUAAUUGAGAAAUGUUUAUUUUUGCUGUAGGACGUGUCACGAAACAGUCGUAUUUGUUGCUGUUGCCAUGUGUUUUUUUGUGUUUAAUCGUGUUGUAGAUGAUGGAGCAGAGCCAUAGUACAGCUGUACAAGCACUGAGCGUUCACUCAGCACAUUAGAAUCAUUCGUCCUGAACUCCUUUGGUCCCUGAGGUCAUGGGAAAUGGACAAAUCAGACUGAAAUAGUGAAUGUAGGGGCCAUUUUAUGAAGCUGUAGCUUCUGCUCAAACAGGCCAAAGUGUAAGGCAUGACUUCUGCGGUCCCUCAUUUAAGCCCCCAGCACAAGUGCGGAUCAUGGCUGCAGGGGCACGGGCCAGUCGGCCUGUGUCAUUUCUUGAGGGGAGUCCCCUGUCUGAAUAAGGCUGUGGCUCAGUGCUCUGCUGCAGGCCGGUGCAGGGUCCACACAGGACCAGACUUGGAGUGGAAAAGCAGCUCAGGAUAGUCUUAAUCCACAAAGCCCCAUAAUGCCCCUCUCCCCUGUCCUGAUCAGAGGACAGACUGGUGCAGCGGCUAAACCUAAUUAGAAAAUGACAGCUGGGAAAGCCUUUGUGCCAAAAAAGACUAAAAUGAGAUUACAUUGCACAAUCAGGACCUGAUUUGCCAUAACUCCCUGUGUGAUUGGUCUAAUCUUUGUGAAACAGUGUCAUGUGUGCAGCACUGAUGCCCGAGCGGGGGUUUGGGCUGACUGAAGGGGGCACACAGCCAGGAGCAGGUGAUGGUGCUUCAUGUCUUAUACAUGUUUCUAUAUAUGUCAUAUAUAUGUAUACAUGUCAUAUGUAUACAGGUAGAAAAGCGCUAUAGAAAAAUGUGACCAUUUACCGUGUGUGUGUGUAUAUGUCCCUCAGAGCAGCUCAGUCGGCUGGGCUGUCCCUCUGCUCUGUGUCAUAUGCAGAGGGUGGACCUUCCCCAUACACUGUCCUCAGGUCUUUACAGUGGACACUACGAGACACUGUCUAAAAGGAAAUGGAAAAAUAAAUGUAUAUGAGCAA